ACAGAUGAUGUAUAUGUUAAAAAAACAACAACAAAAACAUUAACAACACCGAACACGUAGUCUACAAUCUGGAGGUUUAAAUUCAUUCAUAGAUGUGAAGUAAAGUUAGAAGUUAAACAAAUUUAAAAUGCUGGAGCAAAAUAUUCCAAUCGAUAUUAACACCAAUAAACUACUAGAUUGGUUGAUAAGUCGUCGAAUAGUAAGUUCAGAAUGGCAGAAAUCUGUACUACCAGUCAGAGAGAAGAUAAAUGCAGCCAUCCAAGAUAUGCCUCAGCAUCCAGAAAUUGCACAACUGUUAUCGGGUGCCUAUAUCAAUUACUUUCAUUGUGUUCGUAUCGUAGAAAUAUUGAGAGAAACAGAAGCAGACACCAAGAAUGUGUUUGGACGUUACGGAUCACAACGGAUGAAGGACUGGCAAGAAGUUGUCAGACUCUACGAAAAGGAAAAUUUAUUUUUGGCUGAAGCUGCUCACUUACUUAUCUCAAAUGUCAAGUAUGAGAUUCCUAGCUUGAAGAAACAAAUAGCAAAAUGUCAUCAAAACAAACAGGAAUGUGAAAAGCGAGCGACAGACUACGCCAAGAAUGAGAACUCGGCCCGCAAUGAGCUGAACACCAUGUACAAGCAACUGGGACUGUCAGGAUCCAACGUGAAGCGUGAACUGGUGGAGCGUGUUGCACAACUGCCUGCUAGGUAUAGUCAGCUGGCCAAACAUGUGGCUACACUGCAGUCUGCACUCAAUUACUAUGGCAGCUUCUCACAGUACGUGUUCGGACAUGAAACUGCCGUGCUGCCUUUGCUCAAGUACAUCAGUGAACGAGGCAAUACAACAACCUAUGAGUGGCUGUUUGGGGAAAAGCCCUUGUCUGUGGAGGAACCUCCACCUCCUACCUUUGAAGAUGAAAACCAAGUUAAAGAUGAAGAAAUAGAUUGGGGUGACAUAGAUAACAAUGUCAGCUAUGACAUAGAUUAUGGCAUUACAUUGGAAGAGAGUGGCAUAGAAGUAGACAACGAAGAGUCAGUUGGUGUGGCAAGGGGCAAGAAUGCUCUCACUGUCUUGGACAAUCCAGAUACUCGAGAACAGUUCAUCAACCAGUUGCUAGAGUUAGAGUCUUUCCUGAAGAUCCGUCUGUUGGAAAUGCAGGGAGAGUCUGACCUUCUGGUCACAAGCCAACUGAGUGAAACAACACAAGGGGUGACAGCCAUGCUGGACUGUCUGCAGCUGACUACUCAGAUGAUCUUGGAUCCAGCCAACCAACAUCUGCACAAUAUCAAACAUUCCCCCAGGUAUGUGGACAGCCUGACAACCAAUGUGGAGCAUAAGCAGGGAUUAGUGGAGAAGAUGGUGGCAAGCCAAAAGGCUGUUAGGGAACAAGCACAAGAAGCCAGUCAGGAAGCUCGUCAGUUGCAGGACAAGUUAAAACUUGUUAUCGAUAAGACCAAGUUGUUACAGUCACAGAUUGAACAAGAAAUAUCCAAAAAGUACAAAAACCGGCCUGUCAACUUAAUGGGUGGAAUAAGUGCUAUCUGAUUGUAUUGUACAUAAUCUAAAUGUUUUUAUAUAAUAACAAUGUUGCUUAAAAAGUA